AUAGACCAACCUCAUCAUCAUAAACCUAAUCCACCUCUAUUGCAAGCAGCUCAUACUCGUUUUGGACCCAGUAUGGCUUCUUUUAAGCUCCUGCCUCUACUCUUGCUCUGUCUUUCUUCCCCAUUCCUAGUUGUCCCAACAUCCUCGGCCGAUGUAUCGCCCUCAACAAGCCUUGUGUCUGCCGGGAGCAUGUGCCAGUCGGCCCCAGACCCAAAAUACUGCAGAUCCGUGCUGCCUACAUACAACAGCAGCGCUGACGGAUACUUCUACGGUCGAUACGUGGUCCGCAAGUCCCUCUCCCAAUCCCGGAGGUUCCUUAACCUCAUCGACAAGUACCUUGCCAAGAGGUCAUCCCUCACAACCACUGUAGUCAGGGCCCUAGAGGACUGCCGCUUCCUCGCCGCCCUCAACAUGGACUUCUUGUCCACGUCCUUCCAAACCGUGAACUCCACCUCGAAGAUCCUGCCGGUCCUGACCGCCGAUGACAUUUGGACACUCCUCAGUGCAAUCCUUACGAAUGAACAGACGUGUCUCGAUGGCCUAGAGGACACAGCAUCGGCCUGGAGCGUGACGAAAGGCAUAGCGGCCCCGCUGGCCAACGACACGAAGCUAUACAGCGUGUCCCUCGCGUUCUUCAACAAAGUGUGGGUUCCAAAAAAGAAGAGAGCAGCCCCCUCGUCCGUGUGGAUGACAUCUGCAUCAAUGCGGAAGCGCUUCGCCUUAAGCCAUGGGCAACUGUCAUUCACCAUGUCGCAGAAGACCCGUGCAGUUUACGAAUCAGCCAGGGCGAAGCGUCGGCUACUGCAGACAGGAAACGAUGUGAACCCUGUCCUAGUGAGCGACAUCGUGGUGGUGGACAAGAAUGGGACCGGAAAUUUCACUACUAUCAAUGACGCAAUCUCAGCUGCCCCGAACAACAGUGACAGCAGUGCUGGGUAUUUUCUGAUAUACGUGAUGGGGGGUCGUUAUGAGGAGUACAUAUCGAUUGCGAAGAAUAAGCGGUACCUGAUGAUGAUCGGUGACGGGAUCAACCAGACCAUCAUCACCGGGAGCCGCAGCGUUGUGGACGGGUGGACCACGUUCAACUCUGCUACAUUUGCUGUGGUUGCACCAAAUUUUGUGGCGGUCAAUAUAACUUUUCAGAACACGGCUGGGGCAGUCAAGCACCAGGCAGUUGCAGUGCGUAACGGGGCCGACUUGUCCACGUUCUAUAGUUGCAGCUUCGAGGGCUAUCAAGACACUCUAUACACCCACUCGCUUAGGCAAUUCUAUAGGGAAUGCGACAUCUAUGGAACAGUAGACUUUAUAUUUGGCAAUGCAGCAGUUGUUUUCCAAGAUUGCAACUUGUACCCCAGGCUCCCGAUGAGAGGGCAGUUCAAUGCCAUCACUGCCCAAGGGCGAACAGACCCGAACCAGAACACCGGGACAUCCAUCCAUAAUUGCAAGAUCAAGCCGGCCGAUGACUUAGCCUCGAGCAACACAACUGUGCAGACAUACCUUGGGAGGCCAUGGAAGGAGUACUCGAGGACCGUGUACAUGCAGUCCUACAUGGAUGGUUUCAUAAACCCAGUGGGAUGGCGGGAAUGGAAUGAUACCUUCGCCCUGAGCACGUUGUACUACGCAGAGUACAAUAACACUGGGCCAGGGUCGAACACAACUAAUCGAGUGACAUGGCCCGGGUGCCACUUGAUCAAUAAUGCCACCAAUGUGGCUAAUUUCACAGUAUCAACCUUCUUGGUCGGGGAUAGCUGGUUGCCGCAGACUGGGGUCCCGUACAACGGAGGACUGUUGUGAGAGCAUUUGCAAAGGCAAACAUUAGGCUCUUAAAGAGAAGAUAUUUAAAAAUCAAGGUCGAGAUAUAAUUUUAGCUAUUCUUUCUGGUCGGAGGGAUUGAAGCCGUUCUGUUCUUUAAUUCUUGUUAUUUCUUUUGCCUUCACAUGUAGCAUGCAAUUUCUUUGGAAGCAAUCUGAUUUUAUUUUAUAUAUAACUGAAGGAAAACCAUUUCCAAUUGCUCCA